AUGAAGCUCUUCGGGUGGGGUAGCGACACCACGCAGCUGCCGCCCGACCGGCUGCGCGUCUCGCAGCUGGCCUGCGGUGUCGGGUGCCUGCAGGCAGCGUCAGGCAUCCCCCUCGCGUCCGACUGCUGCGCUUACGAGCCCACCCAAAGGCUUCUUGCGGUCAGCACUACAGAUGGCCGGGUCAAGAUCUUCGGCCGCGAGGGCGUCGAGCGCACGCUGCGCUGCGGCAGCGGCGCGCCCCACCCCGCGGCGAGGCAGCUGCUGUUCCUGGUUAACCGGGGCGCGGUCCUGCGGGUGGACGAGGCGGGGCGGCUGCAGCUGUGGGCGAUCGAGCCCGACGCCGUCGGCGCCGGCGACGCCGCCGCCGCGGGCGCGGCGGCGGGUGCAGGGGCGCCACUGCAGCAGCUGGAGCUGGGCGGGGGUGACGCGGUCACGUUUGCAGCGGCGAUGCAGCGGGAGCCGUUCCUGCUACUCGGGUGCCGCAGCGGCGCGGUGCGCGUGGCGCAGAUGGUCAACGCGUCCGGCUCGGGCGUGACGGCGGCGCGGCAAGUGCGGGGGCUCAAGCUCACGUCGUAUAGCA